AAUUAAAAAUUUUAUUUUUUAAAGAAGGCUAAAAAGUUGUACCUCUAUGUUUACUUUAACUAUAUUUCCAAAUUCCAUCCUCCAACGCCUCUUUCCGCUCCUACUAUGAGCUCACUGUGCCUUCCAUUUUGGCCAGCUUGGGUCAGGUGGAGCGCCUGUGGCAUAACGAACUGCGUCCGGCUAGAACGACUGGCCAAGAGGCUAGACCGGGUCAGACCUUUGGGCUGUAGACGACUAUAGUCUAUGGAAUAGACCUCUGCUCGUAGGGAGCCCGCGAGUGUGUGAGGAACAGUGGACUCGGGGCGACUUCUAGGGCUUCUGUCGACGGGUAGCACGCACUACUGUCACUGUCCGCUGUGGACAUCCAAAUCCUCCUCAGUCGAAUUCGCGUCGUUGAGGCAAGAGCAUUGCCUGUGCCACACAGUUUGACAUGCACAGCCGGAAAAUCUGACUGCCCAAUAGCCAUCAAACUGCUAAAAUCGAGUGUAACAAGAAGACGGAAAUCCGGAGGAGAUGUUGCUUCCUCUGGUGGCGGAUUUAUGCUGAGCUCUGCAUUUCUGGGGAGACUCCAUCCGCUGUUGUUAUUGUACAGUUUUUCCGCAGUCGAAUUUGUCGAAGCGGAAAAGCGAAACGAAGCAUCGCCGCGAAGCCCUCGAAGUGUCGACGAAAAUCGUUAAAAAAUAGAAAAACACUCGGCGACUAUGUCACGACGGGCUUGAAGACCCCCCCCAUUCCCAUUCCCAUCCAUCCAGCCAAGGGAGAUAUUCAGAUUGAGCGAGAUCCAAGCCGCAGUGGUGGCCACCACCUCACCAUCUACUCCAUCCAUCUAAUCUCACCCACACCCAACUCAGGAUUCGCAUGGACAAAGGCACAAUGAAGCGCAAGCAGAGGCGAUACAGAACCACAUUCAACACGCUGCAGCUGCAGGAGCUGGAGAGGGCAUUCCAGCGCACCCACUAUCCGGAUGUGUUCUUCCGCGAGGAGCUGGCCGUUCGCAUCGAUUUGACGGAGGCACGGGUGCAGGUGUGGUUCCAGAACCGGCGGGCCAAGUGGCGAAAGCAGGAGAAGAUCGUCGGUCCGGGCGGGGAGUACAAGGAGGGAGCGCUGGAUCUCGAUGUGGCCUACGACGAUAGUGCUGUGCUGGGUCAACUGGAUAGUGCGCUGGGUGGUGGGGGCAACCUACUGCCGGAUACUCCACCGCAGUCUUCCAACUCCCUGGACAACGAACUCAAGGCAUCCUACGUCACUGGAGCCUUGUCGCCCUCCCGCCUGUCGCCAAACAUUUUCCUCAACCUCAACAUUGACCACCUGGGACUGGAGCGAGGCGGCAGUGGUCUCUCCAUGGAAUGGUCCACCUAUCCACCGCAAACGCAAGCGCAGACACAACCGCAGAUGGACCCGGAAAAUCAACUUCAGCAACAACAGCACCCGCCACAACAGAUGCAAACCCAUUCGAAUCCUCACCAGCAGCAUCAGCAGAAUCAGCACCAUCACACUGUGCAGGGUCUGGAAUUCGCCGCCUCCUUGAAUCUGGACAUGACCACCGAUGGCUCCUCCGGCUACGAUGACAUGAAGUUCCUCAGCGUGGACGUGGACCAGUUCACGAUCGACAGCUUCAAGGCGGACUGCCUCCUCAGCAUGGAGCAGUCGCAAAUGCAGCCCUAUGUGGGUCACUCCCAGCUGGUUGGCUCCUCCAAUGAACUGUGCCUGGAGGGGAUUGGCAUGUCCGCCUUUGGCAUGGAGGAGGGCGAUCCCAAGACGCCACCCUCACUUUUGGUGCUGGACAAGACGCUGCCAUCGUUGAGCAUUGGCGUGGAGGGAAUCGCUGAUCUCGUGGAGCAACUGCAUCAUCAUCACCAGCAUGAAGGCGGUUCAGUGGGAGCUGGUGAUGUUAUGUGAAUCCAACAUAGCCUUAAUUAAUAUUGUGAGUGAGCGAGUGUCCCUGGCUGGAUUAGACAGUUCCUGGGCCUGCAAAGCUUGCAGGACUUAAGCCAAAGCCUUAAAGGGAUUGACGCUGGGUGAGGCCCGUCGGAGAGUGAAAGACUGGCUGCUGGAGGCACGGGCACCCGGCUCAGCUAGCUUAACACCUUGGCAAGCUCCUUGUGGAUUUUGCGAGGCCAAGGGCCACCCAGAUGCCACCCCCCUUUUUGGAUGCUGUCGUCAGCCAUUUUGCAUCUGACAAUGACGAGGACAAUAAGCUAAUUGAGGCUGAGGUGUAUGUCGCAGCGGGCGGACAGGCCGCAGAAUCAGAUACACACCAGCACGCUCGGAUGGCCAAAAAAUGUUUAUUAUCCCCGGUCGAGGGUUGACAUGACGGCCCAUGGUUGCGGAUGCGGAUGCGGAUGAGGAUGAGAAUGCGACCGGUUGCCAUUGGAUAAUCUUCUGUUAUGAGGUCGCGCAACAAUGCGCACUGAAAUUCGCCUGUCUUUUUUCCAAAAGUGAUUGAAGAUCUGACAAGUCA